AUGGUUGGCGUUCGCGACGUUGAUGCGCAUGCUUUCAUCACCUCUUAUGCUGCGUUCUUGAAGCGUCAGGGCAAGCUGCCCAUCCCUGGCUGGGUCGACACCGUCAAGACGGGUCCUGCCAAGGAGCUGCCCCCCCAGGACAUUGACUGGUUCUACGUCCGCGCCGCCUCGGUCGCCCGCCACGUCUACCUGCGCAAGACGGUCGGCGUCGGCCGCCUCCGCAAGGUCCACGGCUCUGCCAAGAACCGCGGCAGCCGCCCGUCCAAGCACGUCGACGCCUCGGGCUCCGUCGACCGCAAGAUCAUGCAGGCCCUCGAGAAGAUUGGCGUCCUGGAGCAUGACGAGGAGAAGGGCGGCCGCCGCGUCACCCAGGCCGGCCAGCGUGAUCUGGACCGCAUUGCCCAGACGACGGCCGAGGCCGAGGAGGAGGAUGACGAUGACGAGUAA